GGCGCGGAACGCGACUGGACCGUAUAAAGGACGCUGGGCAAGGCGCGCGAUCCACUCGGCAGAGGGCGCCUCCGCGAGCUGUGUAGUACGGCUGCGCAGUACGGGCAGCUCCCCGCCCCCGGCCCAGCCGCCGCAGCCGCCUACCGCCUUUAGACGGCCGGCCGGCCCCUCCUCUGCUCCUGGCUUAGCCGCCUCGUUGCCCUGCAGCAGGCAGCCCCGUCUACGGCAGCAUGUUCAGCUGGGUGAGCAAGGAUGCCCGCCGCAAGAAGGAGCCGGAGCUCUUCCAGACUGUGGCCGAGGGGUUGCGGCAGCUGUACGCGCAGAAGCUGCUACCCCUGGAGGAGCACUACCGUUUCCACGAGUUCCACUCGCCUGCGCUGGAGGAUGCUGACUUCGACAACAAGCCCAUGGUGCUCCUCGUAGGCCAGUAUAGCACGGGCAAGACCACCUUCAUCCGGCACCUGAUCGAGCAGGACUUUCCCGGGAUGCGCAUCGGGCCCGAACCCACCACCGACUCCUUCAUCGCGGUCAUGCACGGUCCCACCGAGGGCGUGGUGCCGGGCAACGCGCUCGUCGUCGACCCACGGCGCCCUUUCCGCAAGCUCAACGCCUUCGGCAACGCUUUCCUCAACAGGUUCAUGUGUGCACAGCUCCCCAACCCAGUGCUGGACAGCAUCAGCAUCAUCGACACCCCUGGGAUCCUGUCUGGAGAGAAGCAGCGCAUCAGCAGAGGGUACGACUUCGCGGCUGUCCUUGAGUGGUUUGCGGAGCGGGUAGACCGCAUCAUCCUGCUGUUUGACGCCCACAAGCUGGACAUCUCCGAUGAGUUCUCAGAGGUCAUCAAGGCCCUCAAGAACCACGAGGACAAGAUCCGGGUGGUGCUGAACAAGGCCGACCAGAUCGAGACGCAGCAGCUGAUGCGGGUGUACGGGGCCCUCAUGUGGUCCCUGGGCAAGAUCAUCAACACCCCUGAGGUGGUCCGUGUCUACAUUGGCUCCUUCUGGUCCCACCCGCUGCUCAUCCCAGACAACCGGAAGCUGUUCGAGGCCGAGGAACAGGACCUCUUCAAGGACAUCCAGUCACUUCCCCGAAAUGCCGCCCUCAGGAAGCUCAACGACCUGAUCAAGCGGGCCAGACUUGCUAAGGUCCACGCCUACAUCAUCAGCUCCCUCAAGAAGGAGAUGCCCAACGUCUUCGGUAAGGAGAGCAAAAAGAAGGAGCUGGUGAACAACCUGGGCGAGAUCUACCAGAAGAUCGAGCGGGAGCAUCAGAUCUCCCCAGGCGACUUCCCGAGCCUCCGAAAGAUGCAGGAGCUCCUGCAGACCCAGGACUUCAGCAAGUUCCAGGCCCUAAAGCCCAAGCUGCUAGACACAGUGGAUGACAUGUUGGCCAACGACAUUGCACGGCUGAUGGUCAUGGUGCGCCAGGAGGAGUCUCAGAUGCCCUCGCAGGCCGUGAAAGGCGGCGCCUUCGACGGUACCAUGAAUGGGCCCUUUGGGCAUGGCUAUGGCGAGGGUGCAGGCGAGGGCAUUGACGAUGUCGAGUGGGUGGUGGGCAAGGACAAACCCACCUACGACGAGAUCUUCUACACGCUGUCCCCCGUCAACGGCAAGAUCACUGGCGCCAAUGCCAAGAAGGAGAUGGUCAAGUCCAAGCUGCCCAACACCGUGCUGGGCAAGAUCUGGAAGCUGGCUGACGUGGACAAGGAUGGGCUGCUGGAUGAUGAGGAGUUUGCCUUGGCUAACCACCUCAUCAAGGUCAAGCUGGAGGGCCACGAGCUGCCCGCCGACCUGCCCCCACACCUCAUCCCCCCCUCCAAGCGCAGGCAUGAGUGACAGGCCUCCCAGGGCCACCCACGUGACCCAUUCAGCAUCUCCAUGCCGGCCCAGGAAGACCAGGUCUGGAGGAAGCAGCUGGGGAGAGGGAAGGGUCACCAGUUUUAAAGGUCCAUAAAGACCGAGCGCUGUUUCCUCAGCUUCAAAAGGAGAAGCGCCAUCUUUUCUUUAAGGCAGUGCCUGGGCCCAGCCGGGGAGGCAAGGGUAUGCUCAGCUGUGAAUAUGGGAUUUUAUGCACAAGGACUCUGGAUAUUUUUAAUAUAUACCAUUAGAGGCAGCCUACUUUUUUGCCGCCUCCUCUGUUGGACAGUCCCACGAACACAGCCUCUCUCCUGUCCCAGCCUUUCCUCCCGUGCACUGUCCCUGGCAGGGCGGCGUGGGCAGCUGUAGCCAUCUUAGGUAGGCCAAUGGCUCCUCCUGGCAGCUGCCCCUGGAACUGUUUGUAGACAGGAGCCCAGGCUGUUCCUUCUGUUUAUCUUCUCUCCACACCAAGGCUGGCCUCAUGGGGGAGGUUCCUUCCUCACCCAGCUCUGCCCUGGGUUGGGGUGAGUCAGUUCUGUGCCUCUCCAGCCAGGGCUCCCCAAACUCACGCCCCGCCCUUGCCUUGCAUACCCCAAACUCCCAACUUCCCUCCCAGCAGGCCCAGCCACCCCCAGUCUUUUUAGGGCUGUGGAGAGGACAGCAAGUAAGUCUUCCCAGAGCAAUAGAUAAGCUAGGUCGUCUCCUGGAUAGGGUCAUCUUCCAUACUUGACCACAUUUCCAGUAACUUCCAGCUACUUGUUCCAAAGCUGUGACUUUUGCCUCCCUUCCCUACUUGCCAGCCUGUGGGCAGCUCCAUCCAGGAGCCAUUAAAUGUGGGGUUCAUGCAUAGCAUACCUCAGCCUGGAUUUGCUCCCUAGCCCCAGCUCGUGCCUGAUUAGUGUCUGAACUGUGGCCCUCACUUGAUCCAUGAGACCUGAUGCUCCCACCUUGGAGUGGGCAGGCAGCUGCCUAUGACUGGGUGUGGUUUGGUGCUUAUAAGAGGAAGACUGACUCUGGCCUGGGCCUAGUUUUCCAGGCAGCGGGGACCAGGCAAAAACCUGGUCCCUACCUUCCCCCAUGUCUGCUGAGCAAAUGGGGGGGUGGGGGGCUGCACAGGACUUUAGACCAACUUUUCCACCCCCCGCCCCAGCAAUAAGCCUAAGAGGGCAGGCACUGUGCCGGGCAGUAGAGGGCGCUGGGGAGUUGCCACGCCCUGCCUGCACCACAGGGAUGCUCAGCCUUAGGAAAAGGUGGAUGGAGGGCAUCCACACCAGACACGCUGGCUGGGGCGGCAGGGCUCGGUCACGCUCAUCUUUGUGGGAGGUAACAGACUAGACUUUUCCUGGCAUUAAAGAAAGUUUUAACUGUG